UCAACAGUUUUUUCCCGAUCGACUAGUUACACUAUCUUUCUUUACCUCUCUUCUUCGCAAAAAGCGCUUUUUAUUAAGGCACUCCAGCACUUUUUAAUACCUGGAAUCUCGACCUACUUUCUCCUCUCCUUCAAUUCUUUACAAUCAGAAAGCUGAAAUGACUGUUAGACUUUCAUCUCUCGAUGCCGGCUCAGUCUGGCUUACGCUCUACUUCAUCCUCAACUUAUCACUCACGCUAUUCAACAAGGCUAUUUUGAACGACUUUGGUUUUCCAUGGACUUUGACCGCCAUUCAUACAUUGUGUGGAGCUAUAGGAAGUUAUUCUCUUUACCUUGCCGGAGUCUUCACCCCGGCCAAACUUGGCGACCAUGAGAAUAUGGUCAUGGUUUUGUUCUCGGUUCUCUAUACUUUCAAUAUUGCUAUCAGCAAUGUUUCUCUCAAGUUGGUGUCUGUACCGUUCCAUCAAGUGGUCCGAGCCAUGACCCCCGCUUUCACUAUCGCGUUAUCCAUCAUGUUUUUACAAAAGAGCUACUCUAAAAUGGUUUACUUGUCACUUGUGCCGGUGGUUGCCGGCGUUGCAUUUGCCACGCGUGGCGAAUACGAUUACACCUUUAUCGGAUUCCUUCUCACCGUACUUGGAACCAUUCUCGCUGCUAUCAAAACUAUUGUCACCAACCGAGUUCAAGUCGGCAGACUCAAGCUACACCCAUUGGACUUGCUACUCAGAAUGAGUCCCUUAGCCUGUAUUCAGACUAUCAUUUAUGCUCAGCUGACUGGAGAGAUGAGCGCCGUUCGGGAAUUCGCCGCCGAAAACAUGUCGACCAACAUGCUUUUUGGCCUAUUAGCAAACGGCGCCGUUGCUUUCUUGCUUAAUGUUGUUAGUUUCACUGCCAACAAGAAGACCAGUGCCCUUACCAUGACAGUUGCUGGUAACGUAAAGCAAGUCUUGACCAUUGUCCUUUCUGUUGUCAUUUUCAACCUCCGUAUCACUCCGCUAAACGGUGUUGGUAUUCUCUUGACAUUGGCUGGAGGAGCUUGGUAUACGUGAGUAUUUUUCAUUUUAGGCGAUUCGGCUUUUUAUAAAUAUAUAUCGUAUUUUUCUUGGCAAUGACUUAAUG